AUGAGGAAAAUACAUAUUUAUGAUGAUCUUUUUUUUUUUUUUCCUUUGCAUUUGUUGAAUCUGGGACGAACAACAAAAACGACAAAACAGCAAAGACAUCAAAUGGCUAAUCGGACCAGGCUUUUCAAUUGUGCAUAUGGUUUCUAUAUUGCCAUGCAUCCGUGGCUUAAGGGGUCGGGAUAUGUAAAGGUGGGCUACACAGCAAACCUCUCUCGCCGACUUGAAAUGGCUUCGUUCACGACGUGUUUUACCCCUGAGUGGUCUUAUUUUGCUGUUUUUGAGUUGGAGAGUAUCAAGGAGGCUUUUCUUCUGGAGCAGGCGGUGCUGUUUCUUUUUAAAGAUAGACGUGUUUCUAACCGUGAAUUGAUCCAAGGGAGUGCUAAGGAAGUCUUGGAAGGAGCACGGCGUGUUUGUCUUGCAUUGAACCUCAACGCAUUGGUGAACAUGCAGCCCAACUACAGCUCGACCGAGAGUCCUGUUCGUGGCAGGAGUGGAAGAGAGUUGUUUCCUGAUAACGUCUCCUCGACACAUAAUGCAUUGAGGCCAAACACCCUCGGGAGGUACAUGGAAGCACUAGAGAAACUUUAUGACUCUGUGCGAAAACCUGCAUUAUGCGACAAGAUAACUGUAGACAGGGGUGAGAAAUUUGCUGAAAACGAGGAAGAGGAGGAAUACGACCUUGAUGUUUUGGAGACAUACAAAGAGGAGUCUUUCUCUUUAACCAAACUUCGCCCAUACCAGCAAGAAGCUGUGACGCGAUGUCGUGAGGAGCUUGAGAGUCAUGGCGCUACCAUCUGCCAAAUGGCCUGCAGAUGUGGGAAGACUCCUGUUGCGUUUAAAAUUAUAGAGUAUUAUUUAAAGAAUAAACGAGAUACAAGGGUACUUUACCUUGUACCAGGUUUAACGCUACUCCGACAAACGGUAAGAAAAUUGUACAGUUACGGUUUAAGGGAAAUUAAGUAUCUUCUUAUUGGAUCUUACCCUACCUCUGUAUCGCUUGGCGAUGGAAAUUCUCUCAUGAUGACUACUGAUGAAGGGGUAAUUGAAAAUGUAUUCAAGGGUUCUUCAUCACAGAUGGUCGUCAUUAGCACAUAUCAGUCAUCACAUAUCGUCUCAAAACUCUCGGUGUUUGACUUAACAGUCUUCGAUGAAUGCCAUCGUGUUUGUGGAAGUGCCUCAAUAACUAAUUUUAACAGCGUUCUUUUUCAACCACGUUCCGGAAACCGAUUGUUUCUUACCGCGACUCCUGCCUACGAUACACCAAUAAAGAUGGAUAACACACAUCUUUUUGGUGGAAUAGCAUACCGCUAUUAUCUCAGAGAAGGAAUCGAUGCAGGUUACGUGAACGCGUUUUCAUUAAGAAUUGUUUUGGGAGAAGAAAUGGAUGACAUGAAUCCUUACUUUUAUGAAGCAAUGCGCAUUGUAGACAAAAUGAUAGUUUACUGCCGAAGUAUUGAGCAUGCUAUUCAACUAACGGAAAGUUUAAAAUGCCCUUUUCCUGAUGAUACCGUUCCAUUUAAUGUGAUGCUCGCGCAUUCCAGAAUGGGUUGCAGAGUCGUUACAGAUGUUCUGCGUGACUUUUCUGCCUCGAAGCGUUGUAUAUUGUUCAAUGUUCGCUUAUUUCAAGAGGGUGUAGAGAUACCUGAUCUUAACGCAGUUUUUUUUGCUGCACCAAGAUACAGUUCCCGUGAUAUUGUUCAGAGCAUUUGCCGGCCACUCAAUAAAAUGGAAAACAAACCAAAAUCCUAUGUGUUUUUGCCAGCUACCAUUGAUAAGAACCUACCAGAGACACAUCCUGUUAAUCUUCAGAAAUUCUCUACCCUGAUCCCUUUUACGGAUGCGUUAAUGGAUGAGGACCCCAUUCUGUUUGAAUACCUGAUUGAUCCUCAGAAGGUUUCCUAUGACAUUGACGUUGUUGGUCUGAGGUCUCUUAAACUUUCUUCUGAACGCUUGCGGAAGUUUGUUCUUCCUGCCAUACGACGGGGUGUUCGAUAUACCAAUCAGAACACUGAUCGGCUGCAUAGGGCUGCGCGCAUACCGUGGAAAUCUGCAUUUGGUGAACUGAGACGCAUUGUUUUGGAGUGUAACCGGUAUCCAAAAACGAACGAUGCUUGGGUGAUCGGGAAAAAAUCCGUUUCUAUGGCCUUAUUUUACCGGUAUGCACGAAAAGGGUAUCGUCAGUACAUGAAUCACGAGCCCUCUUACCUUAAGGUAUACCAGAUUCGGGAUUUGGAGUCACUCCCUCUAUGGCAAAGUUAUGGCAUGCAGGGGCCAUAUCCAUGGGAGGAGUGUCUCCGUACCCUUCGCAAUUAUCUAAGUAUGCAUGCCCAUGUACCUCCACUUGAUGUACACAAGGGAGGAUACAUUGGCUUGGACGCUACACCAUUUGAGCGUCUUAGUGGGGCUCUGAUGCAUAUCAAUCAGUGUGAUGCGCAUGACAAACUGCGUUUGGAUUUAUCGAAACAAAAGGAUCUAGAUGAUCUGUGUGGAGCGUAUGGUCUUAAAUGGCGAAAGCGGCGUGACGCAUCUGGGAAAGUGAUUCCUGGAGAGACAACUUUUAUUAACGAGUCCUACGAGAGGUUUAAAAAACUGUAUGGGUCUUGCCAUAGAAACCAGUUCCAGAAGUACAUAGAUCAGCAUUUUCCCGGAUAUCCGGAGAAACAUGAGCGUAUGGAGGAUCCACGGAACCUAAAAAAAGGUCGCGUUCCACCUCGACAUGUGUCGAGAGACGAGCGGAACAAAAUGCACUCAGCCGGACGGGUGAUGUGUAGAGUGUGCCGAAGGCACAUUGCCGUGAAGGCAUGGGAGAGACAUUUAAAGAGCCAUCCACAUCUGGCAAAAUUGCAGCAGGUAACACUGUGA